UCUUAGCGAGGGAUUAGGGUAUUGGCGCAGGGCUAGCGUGGGAGCGCCGAGGCUUCGGUACCGCCGGAGCUCUGUUUUUUCGUCGGCAUUCCAUUGCCAGAUCUCGAGCGAUCACUCGCUGGAACAAGAAAUGGCUCCGAUCGUCUGCUUGCGCAUCGAAAGUACUCUAUGAGUCUCACAUUGCCCGAUUCAGGGUUUUGCUUGAUCCUGGGGGGGAUUUUAAUGGGACAUGGCAAUGCUGGUGCGCUGGAGCUUGAAAAGCAGGCAGGAUUCUGGGGAAGAUAGUUCUCGGCGAUUUUAGGACAGGUGUAAUCUUGCAGCCAUGGACGAUGUUGCGAUCAUUCGGGAGAUUUUGACUGUCACCCAUGUACCAGUCGUAGCGCAGUUGCAGUGGAGAAGUCUUUUGCGAUCUGUCUGCGAUCGACUCACAGCUCAUACAGCACGGCUUGAGAAAGCUGAGGAGCUCGCCAAAAAUUUUCAAGCUUUCAAGGAGGGGAUUUACGAAGUCUGUAAAAACACGGCUAAAGAGUGCAAAGAUUUCACCGAGGUCGAGGUCCAAAAGCAGGCUGAGAAGCUCGAUACGCAUGCUAAAGUCACUGGAGAUCGUAUCAACGCUGUUCAAAAAGGCUAUGCUUCGUACUUGGUGAGUGGAACUUGACAGAAGCUUUCAUUGCAAAAUGGAAGAAAAUUCCGUAAGCAUCAAGACAGUGACUGGGGAUUUGGCAGAAUUGAAGGCAGCCGUCGAGUCUCUUCCCAAAAGAGUUGAAGAUUUAGAGGGAGGAGUCCAGAACUUGACUGCGGUCAGUUCAGAGCUGCAAACCAAAGUCAAGGAGCAGGACGAAACAAUAAGGAAACUGGGUGAAAACUUCCAGUCACAGUUUGAGCAGCAUGUAGUGGAAAUGACAGGGGCAGUGCGAGUUAUGACAGAAGAAAUAGAGUCUUUACAAGCUGAUGUUCUGGACCAGUGGAAGGCUGCAAAGUUUGGAAAAUCAAGUAUUCACGGGUACAACGGGGUUACUGCUUCAGGUAAACUGUGUUGUUGCGGGUAAACUAUGUUGUUGUUGGGCAGGCAGGCCUAAUCGAGGAGGACCUGGUUGUGCUUGAUCCUGCCGCUGCCCCUGUCGGUUCGGGUUGUAAGUGGGGCGAUAGUAUUGGUAUCCACCUUGGUUGUAGCCGCCUUGUCGAUUGUAGAAAUCACGAUUGUUGUAAUUGUAGUCGUGGUUGUU